AAAACGAAGGAUUUGUAAACGGAUCAAUUCAUUUUGUAUCGUAACUCGGAUCGCCUAUCAGCGACAAUGAAGUUCUCCUGUGGUGCACUGCUUUUGCUGGUCAUCGCGGCUAGUGUAGUUGGUGAAAAAGUUCGGUUCGAUAACUAUCGCGUCUACGAAGUGUUCGUGGCAAACGAUGUGCAACUCGAGGCGUUGAAGUUUUUAGAGAUGGGCUCGGAUAGUUACAUCUUUUGGGAAUCUCCGGUCCAAACGAAUAUGAAGUUACGCAUCGUCGUUCCGCCGCAUAAAUUUGCUGACUUUGAAGAAAUCACUCUGCGGAUGGAGCUUAAAAGUCCCGUGGUUAUUGACAAUCUGCAGGAGGUAAUUGAUAAGGAACGACCCAAGCAUAGGCGAAGUGAAGUAUUCGACUGGGAAGAUUAUUACAGCUUAGAUGAGAUGUACAAAUGGUUUGAUGAGUUAAUGGAGGAUCAUUCAGAUUAUUUAAGAAUUGAGCCUUAUGGCACUUCAUUUGAGGGUAUAGAAAUGAAGGCCAUAAUUUUGUCUAAAAAAUCUGGUAAUCCCGGAAUCUUCUUGGAAUCAAACAUACACGCACGCGAGUGGAUAACUUCAGCGACUGCUACUUGGAUUUUGAAUCAACUUUUAACUUCAGUUGACCCAGACAUCCAGGAUCUGGCAAACAACGUGGACUGGUACAUUCUGCCUGUUGUUAAUCCGGACGGUCACCGCUAUUCGAGAGAAGUUAAUCGUAUGUGGAGGAAGAACCGUGUGGAUUCAUACAACCUUCUAUGUUAUGGUGUGGACCUAAAUCGUAAUUUUCCGGAGCAUUGGAUGCAGGGAGGAGCAUCCAGUGUUCCAUGUUCGGACACGUAUGCAGGGCCUGAAGGGGCCUCCGAAGUUGAAACAAAAAACAUAAUCGAACUUUUCGGGAAGUAUAGAGAAAACAUCGACCUUUACCUGUCGUUCCACUCGUACGGACAAUACAUGCUGUUUCCAUAUGGUUACGAAAACGCCGAGAAGGCAGAAAAUUACUACGAUUGGAUGGAAAUUGCAGAGGCCGCAGCAGUAAGCCUUUCGAAGCGGUAUGGUACUUCUUACCAGCUGGGAACGACAGCGGAUGUGUUGUAUAUUGCUUCUGGGCUGUCAAUCGAUUGGGCGCACACAGCUCAUGGCGUACCUAUUGCAGUGACGUACGAGUUCCGCGAUCAAGGAACAAACGGUUUUAUUCUGCCCGCCGAACAGAUUGUUCCUAACGCAGAGGAGGUGCUAGAUUCGCUAGUCACGUUCGUCGCGAAAGCUAGGGAUUUGGGGUACUUCAAAGAAAAGACUCAAUCGUAGUGUCUUCACGUAUGUAUAAGUACUUAUCGAUUAGAUAGUUGAUCGUGUUCAUAAGUGACAGUAAAAAAUAUGAGAUAAAAGAUUACCUAACUUCUGCUGGACUUGUAAAUGGGAAAUAAUUUUGAUAAUGUGAACCAAAAUAAAACAAUUCAGAUGGCUGUUUCGAG